AUGGAACUUGCUACUUGUUGUGUAUGCGCUCUUCAGAAGUUUUUGGAGAAGUUAUUGGAGAAGUUAUGGGAUUAUCCUAAGAGACAGGUUGAUUAUCUGAUUUACUUUCAUCGCAACGUUGAAGAGCUAAAGAAGAAAGUUGAGGAACUCAAGAAUGAACAAGGCACUAAACAACACUUAAUCGAUGAAGCUCAAAGAAGAGGGGAAAACAUUGUUGCCAAAGUUCAGAACUUGACGAGUAAAGUUGAUGAGAUAAUUGCAAGGCAUGCACAACAAUUCAGUGAAGAAAACAACAACGAAGCAAACACCAUUAGGUGUAGUCAAACAUCAUGUUCAAAUCCGUGGUCACGCUAUCAAACAAGUAAAAGAGCAAAGAAGAUGAAAAUGGAAGUUGUUGAAAUUCUUCGACUGCUAGAUUUUGAUAAAGUUUCAUAUCUUGAUGCUCCCCAGUGGAUUAUUCCAGACUCAGCCAAUGAGAAAAGCAAUGAAGGCUUUGAAUCAAGAGUUCCAAUUAUGAAGCAGAUUAUGGAGGCACUAAAAGAUCCUAGUGUUAGUGUGGUUGGAUUAUAUGGGCUUCCAGGUGUUGGGAAGACCACAAUAGCAAAUGAAGUAGCAAAGAAAGCAAGAGAUGAAAACAUGUUUAAAAAGGUGAGCAUGGCAAUUGUUUCUCAUAACAUGAACCUUGAGAACAUUCAGGACCAAAUUGCUGAGAUGUUGGGAAUGAAACUUGAUGAGAAAACUGAAAGCACAAGAGCCUUUCGUUUGUGUGAGAGGAUGAAGAAAGAGAAGAAUAUGCUCCUAAUAUUGGAUGAUCUAUGGGAGGAGCUUGAUUUAGCCAAAGUUGGAAUUCCUUUUAUCAAUGAUAUUGGAAAUCAUAAUAAGAUACAUGAGAAUGCUGAAGCUGGUUGUUCAAGGCCAAAAGAAGAAGAAGAAGCUGGUUGCAAAGUUUUACUGACUUCAAGAAAUGAAAAGCUGCUAUCAAACCAAAUGAGAUGUGAAAGAACUAUCAAAGUGGAUGUUUUGGAUGACAAGGAAUCAUGGGAUCUGUUCCAGAGGAUUGCUGGACUUAGUACUUACUCAAACAGUCCAGAUUUGAUGACUAUAGCCACUGAGAUUGUUCAAAAGUGUGGAGGGCUGCCAUUAGCUAUAGUUGUUCCUGCUGGAGCACUGAGAGGAAAAGAUCUUACUGAAUGGAGAGAUUUCCUCAAAAGAUUGAAAAACCCUUUACGAAGAAACACCACAGGAAUUAAAGAGGUUGAUUCCAUUUUGAAGUUGAGUUAUGAUCAUUUAAGCUCAGAGCACAAACCCAUUUUCUUGCUUUCUGCUAUGCUGUCCCCUAACACCUUAGUUAAAGACCUACUCAUCUCUUCUAGUCAUAGUUUUACAAUACAUGAUGUCAUUAGAGAUGUUGCACUAUCGAUUGCUUCCAAUGAACAGUAUGCUUUCAUUGUUAGACAUAGAACGUUGAAUGAAUGGCCAGAUGAAAAUGCCUUGGAAGGUUACAAGGGAAUAUGCUUGGAAAAAAGUGAUAUUGGAGACCUUCCAGAAGAGCUAAAUUGUCCAAGAUUAGAAUUCUUUUUACUAAAUAGUACAGACCUUACUUUGACCAUACCUAGUAUGUUUUUCAGAUCUGCUCAGGAACUUAGAUUGUUGGGUUUCAGCAAUAUGAAGUUUUCAUCACUACCAUCAUCACUCCGUUUCCUGGAAAAGCUCAGAACAUUCUGCUUACACUCUUGUUUUCUGGAAGACAUUACAGAGGUUAGAAGCUUGAAGAACUUGAAAAUCCUGAGUCUUGCUUACUCUGAAAUCGAAAGGUUGCCUAUUGAAUUAGGGGAAUUGACUUCUCUACAAAUGCUGAAUUGGCCCAUUGCUCCAAACUCAGAGUGA